CGACGUUCUAACACAGUGUCCGUUCACUUUUCGACACGUAUAUGGAAAAAGUUCGAGCAGUCUUUCGAAGACCGUGAGACAGCGAUGUCGGUACAGAGCGAAACACGGUGCAAUUAUUCAAGGUAACGCGUACGGUAUUUUUUAUGCACACGUGUUUUCUUGAUUAAUGCUACGUGUCGCGAAAACUUACGUAAUGACGUUGUACUUUGCCUUUAGUGUUGAUCCUAUUGAUCCGAUAUUCAUGUAUAGCGUCAUACGAAAGUCGCGUUUAGGAGCCUAAAUAAUUAUUAAAGAAAAAGUUUUUCGAGUUAGCAACUCUGUUCCGUUCCGCGUCGAAUUUUCUAUCUCUGCUUGUGCGCGCGACACAGAGAGUUUUCCUAAGCAACAGGCUGCUACUUGUGCUAUUGCUUAUAAUGAUACUGUUCAAAGCGAAACAGUCAGUCGGUUUCUCCUGACGAACGGUACACAGUAUCCAACGAACAAUCUUAAAUAUAAUAAUGGAGUACUUUGUCGGUGUUGACGUGGGAACUGGAAGCGCUCGAGCCGCCUUGGUGUCCUCCAAGGGGAAGAUAGUUAAAUUGGCAACGUGUCCUCUAGAAAUCUUCCAUCCUGCUCCUAACUUCUACGAACAAUCGUCCGACAACAUUUGGAGUGCAGUUUGUCAUGUGGUGAAGUCAGUAGUGGCUGAUAUUUCUGCAGAUAAUGUGAAAGGCAUCGGGUUUGACGCCACCUGUUCCUUGGUGGCAGUGGACAAGACAGGAUCUCCGGUCACGAUCAGUCCCACUGGGGAAGACAAACAGAAUGUCAUAUUGUGGAUGGAUCACAGAGCGCAAGAAGAAGCGGACUACAUAAAUGCCCAGGACAACGAAAUGCUUCAGUACGUCGGCGGGAAAGUAUCGCUGGAGAUGGAGACCCCGAAAAUGUUAUGGCUGAAAAAGAAUCUACCCUCGUCCUGGAACCGUACAGCGUUCCUUUUCGAUCUGCCCGAUUUCCUAACAUGGAAAGCCACAGGUUCCGAUUCGAGAUCAUUAUGCUCUCUAGUAUGUAAGUGGAACUACAAUGCUGAUCCAGACGGCAACAACGGAUGGAACGCGGCAUUUUUUCAACAGAUUCAGCUGGGAGAACUCAUGAAAGAUAAUUGGAAGAAAAUAGGUAGCGACGUGAGGACACCCGGGGAUCCCGUUGACCAGGGACUGUCGGCUAAAGCCGCGUCUGAAUUAGGACUUCUGAAAGGUACCGCUGUGGGCACCUCCCUAAUCGAUGCGCAUGCUGGGGGACUUGGCAUGAUAGGCUGCACUGUACCUGGUUCAUCCGCUAACUUGCAGAGGAGAUUAGCAUUAAUUUGCGGCACUUCGACCUGCCACAUGAUAGUCAACGAGAAGAAGCUUUUCGUCAACGGUGUUUGGGGACCGUAUUACAGUGCUAUGAUACCGGGAUUAUGGUUGAACGAAGGCGGGCAAAGCGCGACCGGGAAACUGCUGGAUCACAUAAUCGACACGCAUCCUGCAACACCAGGGAUCUUGAAAAGUUUAAGCGGAAACAAGCACAUCCAACAAUACUUAACGGAACUGCUGCAGACGAUGGCGGAUCAGAGGGGUCUGAAGAACGUGUCGUACCUGACGAAGGAGAUUCACGUCUGGCCAGACUUUCAUGGAAACCGUUCCCCACUGGCUGACCCAACUCUCAAAGGAAUGGUAUCGGGAUUAUCUCUGUCCGUUGACGAAGAGAACUUGGCAUUGUAUUACUUGGCAACGGUGCAAGCAUUAACGUAUGGGACAAGGCACAUUUUAGAAACAUUGGAAACCGCUGGUCACAAGAUAGAGGAGCUACUGGUAUGCGGAGGCCUGAGCCAAAAUCCACUGUUCAUUCAGAUUCAGGCAGACGUAUUGGGUUUACCUGUGCUUUGCCCUGUCGAGAAGGAAUCUGUGCUGAUAGGAGCAGCGAUUCUGGGAUCUUACGCAGCCGGAAAGUUCAGUAACAUAUACGACGCGAUCAAAACGAUGGGAGGAUCUGCGAACAUUGUUAAACCAAAAGACGAGUGUCACAAAUAUCAUCUCCAGAAGUAUCGAGUUUUCCGAAAAAUGGUGCUGGAUCAAAAUAAUUAUAGAGAGAUCAUGAAUAAAGAUUUUUUGUAACUGCCACUACUAUUGUACAGUACCUUUUAAGCUUGUAACGCCGCGGGUAUAGGAUCUACGCUAACACACAGAAGUACACAGAAGUACAAUGAAUCUCAUAACUAGUACAUAUUAUAAGGAACAAUGUUUAUACUAUUUUUUUAUGGAGUUGAAAUAUAUUUUAUGUAUACAAGCGUUUUCAGAGAUAUAUUUUUGUUAAUAUGUUUUGCUCGUUUAUUCCUGUUUGUUACAAAUAAAAAUGUAUGCGAAAAUA